AAGACGUUCUAGGUGUCAGAUUUAGAUUUAUGCCUGCCUUGAGCUUUUUAUAGUGAAUUGAUAUGGCAGGAGUUAUUUGUCACAUCUCCGAAGCACCAAAAUAAAUCGGUAGGUCUCCUGAAGGCGGGCUGAGUGCAGGUUCAGUAAAGUCUCAACCCCUCCGUCAUGUCAACGUGCACACUACUGCUGGUAUCUCAGGCAGGCUCUGGGCUCAACGAAUCCCUUCAGCCCUGUGAUUCCUCUUUGCAAACACACAUCUCUUACUCUUGCAGACUUUGUGCAAACCUAUGGGAGAAUGUUUGGAGUGUUUCCCUUCUUCUGACCUUUGCCAAUCUUUUGGAGAAGGGAAGUCUUUUGUUCAAAGCAACAUUACUAAAUACUUGGAACCUGUUGCCUUUUUUAUAAGUGAGCCAUCGGAGGUAAAUAUGCCUGCUGAAUUGUGCUUCGGCCAUUCUGAGGUCUCUGGACAAGGAGAUCCAAAAAAGGAAAGCCAGUCUUUAGAACAUGCUACUGAAUUAUGCACAGAACUGGAAACGCCUAUUGACUCCUCUGUGCAUCAAAAGUUAAUUGGGCUGAAUGAGGCAGAUGGACUUUGCAUUGAAAAUGGUCAAAUCGAUGGGGAAUUUUCAGAUCAGCAUGAUCAGGCUGGUUCAUCUGGAUACAGCUCUUUGUUGGACAGCUGCUCUGAGCACAGUGAGUCUUUUGAAAUAAGGUCUUCAGUUGACUUGGUUGAAAUGAGCCAAAGUGAUGAACUAAGUGAUCAAAGUGAGAUUUCUGAACAUGAUGCUGACGAAUUAACUUUAUAUGAAUUGAGCCUAGAUCCCAGUGAAUCUUUUCAUAAAGAUUAUAUUGAGCAGUCAACUUUAUCUGAUAUGAGCCCAGAUCCUUGUGAUUCUUGUCAACAAGUUGAUCCUGAGCAGUUCACUUCAUCUGAUAUGAGCCCAGAUUUUGGCGAGUCUUUUCAACAAGAUGAUCCUGAACAGUUAACUUCAUCUAAGAUGAUCCCAUAUCUUUGUGAGUCUUUCCAACAAGAUUAUCCUGAGUGGUUAAAUUUAUCUGAGACGAACCAAGACCUUUGUGAUACUUUUCAUCAAGUGCUUCUUGAGUCCUCACAAUUAGAUCCUUCAGAUCAUGAAAAACUUUCUGAAUGUGACUCAGAAUAUCAGGAAUCCUCAGAACAGUACAGUGGUUUUGAAGAAGAAGGUGCCAUUAACUUGUCUGGGUUAUACAGUUCAUCUGAUCAAAACUCUGUAGUUGAACUAGAUUCUGAAGACUGUGAGACAUCUAAAAAGUCUAAGCCUAACAAUCAAAACAAGCCUGCUGAAUGCCAUGCCAUACAUUUUGAAUCCCCUGAACGGUGUCAAGUCUCUAAAGAAAGUUUGCCAUCUGACCACUGUGUGUCCCUUGAGCAAACACUGCUUAGUGUGCAAACGGACACCACUGAGAGUGCCUUUCUAAACAACCCAGAGUGUUUUGCUGAACUUUUGAAGACUACUGAUUGUAGCCAAACCUUUAAUGUCCCGACUGAUGGUACUUCAGUGGGAAGUCCACCAUGUUACCAACUUUCUGAAGACUCUGCUGUAUGUGUUAAGGCUCUAGAACUGUGCACUGGCUGUGGAAUGUACUUUGAGAAAUGUGACUUUAAUGAACUAUGCAGUCCUGACCAUUCAGAGUGCCCACAUCAAAGCAAACUUGCUGAAAAAUGCCAUGAAAUGUGUUAUUCACUAAGAACCCAAUACUCCGUCUUUCGCAACUCUGAACUCCCUAAAGAAGAUCUGCCUAAUAAUAGCAACAGGACUGAGGUUAGGAAACCAUCAGAGUGUGAUGCCAUAUUUUCUGGAUCAAUGGAAAAUUUUGAGUCUCGGUGGCUUUCGCAAUUUCUUACCGAUCUUUUGCAACACAAUCAAGAGUUGGAUCUUCAUGCAGAACAUAGCAAGUCAAAGGAAGUGUUUGAAACCCCUGAAGUUGGGAAAGAUAUUAUGCUCUGUAAAAUGUGUGAAGAACGUUAUAAAGGGGGAUAUUGUAACAGUGAAACUCCUCAAACUUUUCAGCUUUGUAGAGAUGAGGAUAGCAUUCUUGAACUCUACUCAAAUGUGGAUAUCUCCAUGGAUGAAUUCACCAAAGCAGAAGGUUCUUCAGAUGUAUCAAGCGAGGAGGACUAUACUGACUGCAUUGAUUGCAAAAGCCAGGGCAGUUCUGAAACUGAAGAAUCGUUCAAAAGUUGUGUUGAUGAGUCAGAAUCAUUUGAAAUCUUUUUAAAUCAAGGGUGUGAGAAGGAAAAACAUUUUGGUCUUACAGAGAAUGAGACCUCUGUUCAAACUCCACAGUCACAUGAGUACCCUGAUGAAGGCAAUGAUAAGACCUUUGACACAUACACUCAGAAAGACUUGGAUGCUUCUGAUGAAGACCUUGUAAUUGAGCAACAAGUCAUAGGAGAGGAAAGCAAUAAAACAUAUGCUGAGGAUUUUUCUGUUGGACUCGCCAUUAAAUCAGGUCAAAUCCAUGAACUUUGUACUAAACAAGACGAGGUCUGUGAAACUCAAGCCUAUGGGCCUAAUUUUACUGUGGAGAGUUCCACACUGUAUUCUGAGGAAGGCAAGGGCAAUGAACCUUGCCCUAAAAAUGGAGAGGUGAUAUUUCAAUCCCUUGAUGAAAGACAUACAUUGUUGGAAAAUGAAGUGUAUCAGAACUUAACUAAACUUUACAGAUCUGAAAACAAGGAAAUCAUAGAAGAGCAUGGAUCUGUGUUUGGGAUCUAUGAAAAUCAGACUGAGGAUAUCUUUGAUGAAACAGAGGGGGCUCAUGGACCUUGUUGUGGAGAGAUUGAAACCACUGAAUAUGAAGAUACAUCGAUAUUUGACUUUGAAGAUUUUGUGACAUGUGCUGAGGAGAACAAUGAUGGCAAAGAGACACCAAAUGCUGGUCAACAAGUUCUCUCUAUAUCAUAUGAUUUUGAGGAACAAUCAAAUACAGCAUUUGGCACUCUUGAGAUUUGUGAACCAGUUUGUCAGCAAGAGACAUCAGAGGCCCAUUCUGAGCCAAAAGACAUCUCAGAGCUCUCCCUUCCCCCUGGAACAGAUGGUCUGUCAGAACAAAACAAGCCAAAUGAAAAAUUAGAGCAACUUAUACAUCAAGUUGCAAAAAGAGAGGAACCUGAACAGUGUGAGCAGGAAGGAUACUUUAAGUCUGAGCAAAAAAAGACAGAUUCUGAACAGAGUGAUGAGGACAGUGAGGUAUCUGAUGAUGAAGAGUAUCCAGAGAUCUGUGAUUGUGAAUUCUGUGUUUCGCCCAUAGAGCAGGUCCCAGCCAAACCACUUCUUCCACAGAUCAAGUCUAAAGAUGUAGGGAAGAUCUGUGUAGUAAUUGACCUGGAUGAAACACUAGUCCACAGUUCAUUCAAGCCAGUGAACAAUGCUGACUUUAUCAUUCCCGUGGAAAUUGAUGGAACAGUACAUCAGGUAUAUGUGUUGAAGAGGCCUCAUGUCGACGAGUUCCUUAAACGGAUGGGGGAACUGUUCGAGUGCGUGUUAUUCACUGCAAGCUUAGCCAAGUAUGCUGAUCCCGUCUCAGACCUCCUGGACAAGUGGGGUGCUUUCAGAAGCCGGCUCUUUCGGGAAUCUUGUGUGUUCCACCGUGGAAACUACGUCAAAGACCUGAGCCGUCUAGGCAGGGAUCUAAACAAAGUCAUCAUUGUGGACAACUCACCAGCCUCCUACAUCUUCCACCCAGACAAUGCUGUACCUGUAGCCUCCUGGUUCGAUGACAUGUCUGACACAGAGCUGUUGGAUCUCAUCCCUUUCUUUGAGAGACUCAGUAAAGUGGAUAAUGUCUACACUGUGCUCAAGCAGCAGAGGACUAAUAGCUAGUAUGACACUAGGGGCAGCUGUCAGUAUGGGGCCAGGGAGGCUGCUGUGCUCAGAGCACCAUGCUGCUUCCCACUAACAGGACCAGCCACUAGCUCAGUCCUCGUCACCUACCCAGAAUUCCAUUCACAGGAUGUUUGACACAAGAAAAAGUCAUCGAAUGACAGAACUGUGAAGGACUGCUUUAUCAAAUGCAUUUACGCAGUUAAUUGAUUGUUUUAACACUUGAAUGAGUUAAUCUCUCUAAACCUGUCAACAUGUCCAGCUCACAUUUUUUACCCGAAAUCAAAAAAGAAAGAAGAAAGUUGCUUAAAUAAUGAAAUUAUUUAUUUGUAUUAUUAUUAGUAGUAUUAUUUUUUGGGCAUUCUGACAUUAUUUUCAUAAUUUUUUUUUUUUGCUGAUUUCUAAUAUUAAUAAUAAUAAAAUCUGUUUUACAGUAAUGAGGAUCUAAUUAGAAUAACCAUUAGGAAUAAUGGGAAAUAAAGUGCAAAAUUAAAACAUCAGAAGUAGUAGUAUUUUGAGGAGAAAUGUGCCAAAUUGUCUUGGAAAUGAAUGAGUGAUAUAUUCCUUUGAGAUAUAUUUAUA